CUAAUCUAAAUCUACUUUUAUAUGUAUGAUAAAGAUACAUAAUUAUUGUAUAAUAGAUAAUUAAUUAUUGUUUUAUUAUGGAAAGUAAUCAAUUUAAAACUCUUGAUUUAAAUAUUGAUGAUAAUCAUCAUAAGGAAUUUAAAGAGAAUAGGGUUCAUGACAUAUUAUAUGACAGUUUAGAUGAAGAUAAUAAGCAUAAUCAAAGAAUCCUUUACUCAAGACUAUAUCCUAAAGAAAACCUUAUAACAGAAAAUAGAAACAUUUCGAUAUUGACUGAACACUUGAUCUUGACCUCUGCAGCUAAUGUAGUUCCAGACAUUAUCCAAAAACUGGGUGUAACUUGUGUUAUAAGUGCAGCUCCAGAACUACCAGCAAUACCAUUGAAAACCAACAUUACUUACCAUAGAAUUGAUGUAAUGGAUUCACCUAAUUCGCAUAUAGGUAGUUUUUUGGAUGAAGCUGCCGAUCUUAUAAAUAAGGUUUCUUCUACUGGAGGUUGCUGUCUAGUUUUCUGCGUAGCAGGGGUGAGCAGAUCAGCAACCCUUUGCAUAGCCUACCUAAUGAAAUACCAUCAGCUCACCCUCAAAGAGGCCUACGACUACGUUAAAAUGCGAAGGCCCAGAAUCAAACCGAAUUGCGGCUUUUUCAAGCAACUGAUCGAAUACGAAAAGGACAUGUUUAUAAACGGUUCAGUUCAGAUGGUUUUUAAUGAGUUUGUGCAAAUGUGCAUUCCGGACGUUUACGAUAACGAGUAUCAAGUGAUACGGAGGAUUAACAGCAAGUUUAAGAAUAGAUGUAGGCAAUAACAUAAUAUGUUUGAAUUAAUUAUAUUGGUUUAAGAUUUAGACAUAAUUAAUUUGUUACCUAUCAUUUGUAUAAGAGAGUAACAAUUUGUGAUAAGAAAGUUUAAUAAUUAUAAUUUUAAAUGCACAUGGGACCAAAUAACUUGUAAUUUUUUAUAAAUAUAC